AACAUUUUUUCUUAAUCACUCACUUCAUUCUAUUACAACUUCUCUCUUCAAAAAAAUGGCAACUCUUUCUAGCACCACUCUCGUAAACCAAACACCAAGGUUCCCAUUCAAGGCAUCGGCAUCACCAAAUCUCAUUAAGGUUCAAUCUUUGAACCGCCCAUGGCGACAGUUAAUAUCUGGAUUCAGUCCAAUCCGUAUAGGCGUCGAUCGUAGCCUAGUGGUUGCAGCAGCAGCACCGGAUAGCCUGUCGGAGAAGGUGGCGAAGAGUGUUCAGGAUGCAGAGGGCCUCUGCUCCGACAAACCCGAGAGCGGCGAAUGCGUUGCAGCGUGGGAUGAGGUGGAGGAGCUGAGCGCGGCGGCGAGCCAUGCAAGGGACAAGAAGAAGACAACUACGCCUUUAGACGAGUUUUGUAAAGAUAACCCAAAUGAUGAAGAGUGUCGCACUUAUGAAGAUUAGUAAAUUAUUCUCUUAUAGUUAUAUAUACAACACUUGUUUACCAUAAUCUUAUUGUUAUUAUUAUUAUUGAUUAUGGAAUUGAAUAAACUCUUUAUGUUUUGAUU